GGGGCACCCUUCAUAUUUUUCUCUAGCUUACAAUUUCCAAACAUAAGAAUUUAAAACAUCCGCUUUUCUUUUUUGUCCGACGUAAUUUUUCUCCGGAAAAUCCUAUUUUCUGAAUUGAUUCUGUUUUUCUUAUUUUGCGCAUUUACGAUCUUUCCCUCGGGCGGAUGUUGGAAACUCUACUCGUGUUUAUCCGGCAACACUGUUUUUCAUCGAGACCAUUGUUUUUCCAUGUAGUCCUGUCCUCCUUGGAGAUAUUUUCGUUAGGCGAACUCUCGACAAGAGAAGAAAAAUAAGAAAAACACAAGAUAAAAAGACAAGACGAGCGGCUCGAAGAAAUAAAAUUCUGUGAUGUUCGACCAUCUGGCUUCCGUAAGGAAAGUGGAAAAAAAGAUCGAAAUGUCCGAGGACUUGAAUCUACCAGAAAGCCUGGAGCGGCUGGAAAUCAACCCGGAGAGGCAUGAGGGCAAAUCGGAUGAGAAAGUACAGCCAAAAGGCGAUGACCCGGAGUGUUCGCUCGAGUUGCUCUCGCUCAACGCAGUCUGCCCGAAGGAGAGUUGCCAGUGUAACAAAAGGAAAGAAAGCCGCGACAGGGACAAGGCUGUGAAGCGGCUGGGACAAAAAAGGCCGAUACUGCGGCGUAGCAAGCUGAGCCCUGCAGUGCUCAGGGCGCCAAUACUCAAACUGCCGGCGGCCCACAUUGAGCCUGUGAAGCACGCAGUCAUACCUAAUGUUGCAGGACCGUUGAAAGACACGAAAGCCCUCCGCACAAGAUUUCAAACUGAACAAAACACGCCUUCUUGUUCCUCUGGAACGCCAACUUACAGAAAUGCUGAGUAUUACAACAGGAUCGAUACACUUCCUCCUGCCCUGAGAGCGCAAGGGAUAACGCAAGAGUCGCUCAACCGGCUCCAGGGCGAGGUGCAACGUUCCAACUCGCAGAGCUGCUGCGCCGUCCAGGCAAGGAUUGCCGCAGAGUCACCGCAGACCCAGUCGCCCACCAUCGCUGAUGACACCAACAUAGACGAGCUUGCGAGCUACUUCGACCUGUUCGUCCACAUACCGAAAAAGAUGUCGCAGAUGGCCGAAAUGAUGUACAUAUGAGGUUUUGUUUUCACCCCUCCCCCCCAAGUGAGAAGUCAUCGUCGUCGCAACAGUUACGAUUGACAAGGUGGACAGAAUUAUAUUUUGUAUAUUGAAUCUCCACCAUUUUUUCUCUGACUGUCACUAACCAUUGUAUUAAAAAAAAUUUCCGU